AUGCACAAGUGGGGUACACUUGUAGGAGAGCACAUGAGAAGGAAUGUGGGGGACACGGGCCCCUGUGGAUUACGGCCAUGGGCCAACAUUGAGGAUGUAAACAGUCGAAUCUUGGGAGGCAAGGACACUCGUCUUGGGGCCUGGCCCUGGAUGGUCAGUAUGCAGCUGGUUACCCAUAAUGGCCAAAGGGACCUGAGUCAGUGGCACCUGGUGGUUGGUGUACGGGAGGUACAGCGGGCAGGAGCAUCCAUCCCUGGCCCCUUUGCACAGGAGCGGAGGGCAGUCCAUAUCCUUCUCCACGAGCAGUACAACUCUUGGAAUGAGAACAAUGACAUCGCUCUGGUAGAGAUGAAUGAGCCUGUUUACUGUGGCUACAUGGUCCAAACUGCUUGUCUACCCCGGCCUUCAGAUGCUCCGGUCAGGGACUCAGAGCCCUGUAUCAUUGCUGGCUGGGGAUACAAAGAGGAGAAUGCUUUGCAGCCAGCAGCUAUACUACAAGAAGCAGAGGUGAAAAUCAUUAGUCUGGAAACAUGCAACGGGACUGAGUGGUACCACGGAUUCAUUCACUCGAGCAACCUGUGUGCUGGCUAUCCAGAGGGUAAAAUCGACACUUGCCAGGGGGACAGUGGCGGGCCACUCAUGUGCAAGGACAAAAACAGUGACACCUUCGUGGUGACUGGCAUCACCAGCUGGGGCACAGGCUGUGGCCGGGUGAAACGGCCAGGGGUCUACACAUCCACGGGGAGCUUUCUGGAGUGGAUCGUAUCGAAGAUCGGAGGUGAUCCCACGCUUAACACACCUCCACCAAUCGAGAACUCCAUAUUAAAGCCUCGUAGAGGGAGACUAGGGAGAGGGGUGGCUCCAAAGAGUAGGACUUCUUUCAUUCGAGCAAAACAGGACAUCCCCAAAGGUAAAUGGGGCCCCUUCCUCCUUUGACCUUUCUCCAUCUGUCCCUCACCCCCAAGGAGGAAGGGCUGUGGCCCGAUCACAAGCAAGAGUUUCCAACCUUACCUUUCAUUCAUGCACAUUUCUAGUGGGGAUGCUUAAGCACUCUCAUGGUCAUUUUCUCUCCUAGUCUGUCAACUUCCAACCUCAUUGGCUCUAUUUCUUUAGCUGAUGUAGGAAGAGACAUACCCAGUUCACUGUCCAAUAUGUUCUGUCAUUUUCCCUUAAUGGCUACCAUUUGGCCUAAUAUUUCCCUAUAAAUGGGCAUCCUUUCCUCUAAUCAGAUCAGACCAUGGGAAGGAGAGGAAUCAGUUGUGUGGCCAUAGUUUGCCAAAGCCCCAUGGCUCUCCAAACCAGAACCCUUAAUCCCACUUCUAUUUUUCACUUUUUUGACAAAAUUUCCCUAUGGAAUUCCUAUGCUCAUCCUCUUGUUGACUUAUGCCAACUGUACUUUCAAGUGCAAUAUAUUUCUCUGGUAUGAGCUGA